AUGCCCUUUCCAUUGGAAAUUAUGGAGGGGAUACAUCGCAGAGGGCACGGGGAACCCCGGCCAUCCCAGCCUAUGGCUUUCCCCGGCUUCGAUGCGGAUUCUCAUAUGAUGUCCGACGACUUCUCCUUUAACUCUCCCUUCAGUCCCUCUGAGUCCUCCAACGCCAAUGAUGGCGUUCUCGGCAACUCCAUCUUUCCCGAAUGGACAAGCGGUGCUUCGCGUGGCGACAGCCCCGAUGAGAUGCAAAGGAAGGAUCCUUUGGCCGCUCAGAUUUGGAAACUCUAUACUAGGACAAAGUCUCAGUUACCCAACCAAGAGCGCAUGGAGAAUCUGACAUGGCGAAUGAUGGCCAUGAAUCUCAAGCGCAAAGAACGGGAGCAACAGGCUCGUGCCUCGGAGAAUCGAAGCCCGACACCGAGUGGCAUCGCGCAGAUGUGCUUAACCGACCAAGUAUCACCCGACGGUGCCGCUGACAUUUCGCACGAUAUGAAUCUGGAUGACACUCCAGACCCUAUGAAUCUGGAUGACUUCAUCGUUCCCUUUGAUUCGCCUGCCGACCACUCUUCGCAUCCUCCUGUCGAUCGACACUUUACAGCAACGCCGACUGGAUCAAUUCCUAUCAAGUCACGCAAGGACCAUGCGAUGAUGGAUUCGUCAACUGCCACCUCAUUCCCCCACCCACCUCAGGAUCAGCGAACAAACUCCGAGUUCGGAUACGUCGCCCGUCGAGUCCGCAAAACGAGCGUCGAUGAGCGGAAGUUUUUCGCCGGUCUUUCUGUUCCAACCCGGAAGCGGCCUGCCGAGGCCUCGCCGCUGGUUCCCCCGGUGUCCAACGCUAUGAUGGGGCAGCACUCGGAACUGUCAGCAGCACUUCCAGAUUACUCGCUCGAUCACCCACCUUCGGUCUUUUCUCUUUCCGGCAAUGGCACGGUGGGUCCGCGCAGACCUCAACACCACCACCACACGCACUCUCACAUUCCCUAUGGGUUGGAUACGUAUGGCAUAAGCGAAGACCAUGGGAUUAAUUCCGCCGGGCCUUAUCAGCAAAAUUUCCAUUUUUCCCCGUCAGAAUCUCCAAUGACUGCAGGAAAUCCUUUCUCAAGUCUAUAUGCCCAGACGCCGCUCACUUCGUCGCUCAACUCAACGGAGUUUUUCUCGCCCCCGCCUUCUGGCUAUCAGUCUACUGUGUCGACCCCGCAAGCGAUUUAUGAAGGGGAGCAGUCGAUUUUCUUUUCGGAUGCGCCCUCUGCUGAAUCUCACGCCCAGCGCCGCAUUCCUAACUAUAUCCAGCAGCGUCAAUCGAACCUGUCUGCCUCGCUGCAACCACGUUACAUGUACAGCAUGUCCAACGGCGAAUCUCGCUCAGGGAGCGCAGUGGCAGGGCCACCAACUACCCAUGGGUCUGGAUUUCAGGUGCCACAACCGCAGCAUAUCAACCCGUCCCAGGUACUUGGGCACAGCGGGUUCUCCACAACAGCACCCGCUAGCAGCAUGUUUACCUUUGGUGGAGAUUCAGACAAUGAGGAUGACGAUGGCAACUUUGGUGAACGCGGGGGCAUUGCCAUGCCAAAUGAAUUUGUCUCUCUGGAUGAGUCUGGUGAAAUGAGCGCUGGUCUUCAUUGGGACGGAGGCUUCCCCGGAUCGAUACAGUCGGUACCAGGCUUCGGUCAGCACCGCAAGCAUGUUACGAUAGGAUCCACAGAUAUGAUAGAUGGCUCAUCCGACUGGAACCAGGGAGGCACUCUUGGCCGUACGCACGGGUCUGCUGCUUCAGUCAGUGAGGUUCGUAAUCAAAACCAGGAUCCUCGUCGCUACGGGAAGGUUCCUCGCACAGCAUCAACCCCCAAUGCUGCAGCGUUGCUCCGUCAGAGCUUGAAUGGCUCGGCCAGCGGGCCUCCAACAAACCACCCCUCACCAAGCACUCCUCCAGAGUCCGGUCUCAGCAAUGGAGUGCCGUCUCGACCAGGCAGUCCUGGUGGGUCUAAAAACGGUGACCCGAAUGCGGGACCGACCACCUGUACCAACUGUUUCACUCAGACCACCCCUUUGUGGAGACGCAAUCCAGAGGGUCAGCCUCUAUGCAAUGCAUGUGGCCUCUUUUUGAAACUCCACGGUGUUGUCCGGCCACUUUCGCUCAAGACUGACGUGAUCAAGAAGCGGAACCGUAGCAGCGCCAACACGCUUGCUGUUGGCGCUUCUCGGUUAUCUAAGAAAUCUACCCGCAAAAACUCCAUUCAGCAUACCCCAUCCACAUCGAUUUCGUCCCGCAUCAAUAAUUCUGAGUCACCGCCCUCGAUUCCUGGAUCCAGCACGUUGGGGAAACCCGGUGUUGUGCCAAUUGCCGCUGCCCCACCCAAGUCUGGCCCUCCAGCUGGCGUCGCUCAAGCUCGUGCCGGUGUGCAAGUGGCACCCAGACGGCAGCGCAGACUUGAAAAGGCACCAACUGGAUCCGAACCAGACGGAGACGAUAGCCCCAAGUCAGCCGCUCCCGCGAGCCGAUCCAAAGUCGUACCAUUAGCUCCGGCGAUGGCACCACCCGCUGCCGCAAACCCGGCGAACCACAGUAUUGCCGGUGGGCAGGGUGCAAGCCAGGAAUGGGAGUGGCUGACAAUGAGUCUGUAG